AUGCGACGCUACCGUGUGGGCAUCAGUGGUUUUGUGUUUAGUUUUCAUUUGAGUGGAAUAGUGGCGGCACCUAAAAGUUCCAGUAAUAGCACACAUCCUAGUUACUCAGAAAAUGACAAAAGAUGUCGUGUUUCAAUUACGUUCGAUAGGUGUAAAAUAACAUCAGUCACAUGUACGUGUGAUACAAAAGAUAUAUUUUGGUGUCAACAUGUUGUAGCUCUUGCUCUGUACAGAAUAAGAAAUGCGGACAGUGUCAGGCUUCGUGUACCCAUCUCAGAAACUCUCCUUCAGUUGGAUCGACAACAGUUACAAAAGCUAGUACAAUAUCUUAUAGCAGAACAUCAUACGGAAGUUCUCCCCACAGCGCAAAGGCUUGCUGAUGACAUCUUACAAACCAAGUCUUUGAUCAACAGGAUUGCCGGAGCUCCUGAUCCAACAGCAGGAGCUCCGGCCGAUGAAGAACACAGCUGGCAUCUAGACGAAGAGCAAGUAGGAGAGCAAGUUCGAACAUAUCUGUCUCAGGGAAGCUAUUACAGUGCUAACAAACAGCUCAACUGCCUUUUCUCAAAAGUAAAAGAAAUGUUGAGGGCGAAAGAUUCCAACGGUGGGCGAAUGUUGCGCCUCAUCACUGAACAGUUCCUAGCAGAUCCUCGGUUGGUCAUCUGGCACUCUCAGGGUACACCCAUGACCGAUAAAUGUCGGCAGUUAUGGGACCAGUUAGGUGCUUUGUGGGUCUGUAUUGUCCUCAAUCCUCAUUGCACUGCUUUAGAGCGGUCACAUUGGAAAACGUACUUGGAGAAAUGGGCUGCAAUGCAUGUUUGUCCUUUGGAGGAUGCUGACUUCAGGCCAAUGAGGGGCACAAACAAUAGCCGGAGGCCUUUAGUUGAUGACAGUUCUUCAGAUUCAUCUGAUGAUGAAAAUGAACGGCCAAGAGAUCGGCCUCUUGCAUCAACUGGACACCACCGACCCACCGCUGCUCCUCAGUUGAGAACCAUCUUCCAUCGAGCCCUCGAAGCCUGCCAUCUCAGCUGGGACGAUCCCCAUCUGAAAUUCAUUUUGAACAAUGAUAGCCUUAGCCCAAACAAUGAAACUCCUCUUCUAGGCGCUUUCAAUUCUCAGGGAUAUCCCCUAUGGCCAGAACAUAUCCCUACCGCAUGUGCUCGGGUUGAAGCCUUAAGGUCUCAUGGUUAUCAAGCAGAAGCACUUCGGCUCGCUGUCGCCAUCGUUCGUACAAUGAAACGUCAGCAGAGAGAAUGGCAGUGUCGUUGGCAGGUUGAACAAGAUAGAGGAGUGGCUCCUUGCUCAAGUUCUGGAAUCACCAUAAAUCCAUUGCAUUAUAACUCUGAAGGGUGGAUUGGCCAUCCUCUAGAUCCUGUGGGUGCUCUUUUUGAUACUUUAGCUGAAUCGUCCUUGAUUCCUGAAACAAAGUCAUUUGAUCAGUACUACGCUAAUGAAGAAGGAAGUCCUACUGCUCCACGGGAACGACCUAGGUACCAUCAUGUUUCUGUGCCUGGUAGCAGAGACCGAAGUGAAACUUAUUUAUCGCUGGCGGUAGAAGCGGCUUUGAUUGGUCUAGGACAGCAGCGUGUGAUGCCCAUGGGGUUGUAUGCUCAAGAGAAAGCUUGCAAGCAUGAAGAUCGAUUGAUUACGAAGUUGCACGAUAUCGAGCUGGACGGGACGUUAGUUGCCGUUCUUCGAAAACAGGCGAUGCUGUUACUUGAAGGUGGUCCAUUUAGUGGUUUAGGUUGUGGAAUUCACCCAGAAAGUGUACCCAUGCACACAUUUGCCAAAUAUUUAUUUACAGCAAUGCUACCAUAUGAUUCUGACUUGGCAUAUAGUGUUGGACUUCGUGCCAUGAGGUUACCUAUUUUAGAAGAACAUGAAGAAUCUGAAGAAAUGGUUAUAAAUCCAUCUAUAAAUCCUUCCGUUUUGAGUCGUUAUCCUAGAUGGUUUACUCUUGGACACAUAGAAGUUCAGCAGUGUGCUUUGGCAUCUACGAUGUUGUCGGCAGCUAAAAGUGAUGUGGCAAAACUUCAGACUGUUUUAAAAUCAGCUCAGAGAAACAUUCACAAUUCUUCCCAGCUUUUCAAACUUGCCCAAGAUGCUUUUCGCAUUGCUGUUCCAGUAGAUGGUGGUGGGAGGCAUCCCACACUGUUAGAUGCGGCAUUCCAGUUGGGUCUUCAGGUUAUGCGUAUGACUUUGAAUUCUCUGAAUUGGAGGAGAAGAGAAAUGGUUCGAUGGUUAGUAACAUGUGCUACAGAAUUAGGACUUGAAGCUGUUAUAUCAAUUAUUCAAAAUUGGUAUCAAUUAUUUACACCUACAGAAGCUACUGGUCCCGUUGCAACAACAGUCAUGUCUCAUGCCACUGUCCUGCGACUGAACUUGGAUUUCCGACAGCAGGAAGAACUGUCGACGUGUGCUCGUACCUUAGCUCUCCAGUGUGCGAACAAAGACCCUCCCAAUUGUGCUUUAAAUGCAUUGACUCUGUGUGAAAGUGAUGCCCUGGCUUUUGAAGCAGCAUAUCAAAUAGUCGUUGAAGCAGCUACGACAAACGUCAUGACAUCCUCUCAACUUUUCACGGUUGCUCGCUACAUGGAACAUAGGGGUUAUCCUCACCGCGCAUACAAACUUGCCGUCUUGGCGAUGAAGGGUGUCCAUCUUGCCUACAACCAGGACAAUCACCCUGCCAUAAAUGAUAUCCACUGGGCCUGUGCUCUCGCGCACUCUCUCGGUAAAUCAGAAUUGACGAAUCUUGUCCCACUCCUUGUGAAAAAUGUGCAAUGUGCCACUGUGCUUUCUGACAUUCUGAGACGCUGCUCAAUGGCUGCGCCGGGUAUCGCUACUCUGGACGCUAAGAGGCGAUGUAUCAAAUCCCUUUCCCUGGACAAACCUCCCCUGCGUCAGUUGCUGGAGGCAGCCAUAUCAGCCUAUGUGAAUACGACGCACUCCCGUCUGACGCACAUAAGUCCACGCCACUACGGUGACUUUAUCGAGUUCCUGGGAAAGGCGAGAGAGACGUUCCUAUUGGCGCAAGACGGACACAUUCAGUUCGCGCAGUUGGUCGACAACAUGAAGUCGGCCUACAAAGGAAAGAAGAAACUCAUGCUCCUAGUCAAGGAAAGAUUUGGCUAGCUUUAUAUAUAUUUAAAACUCAGCAGCCUUGUGUUUUCUUUUCUUUUUUGUACUACAAACGGGUGGAUGCCCGUAAAGCUGUGAUUUGCUGUUUCCAGUGAACAGAUGGGGUUGCCUGAUGCUCAGGGCAAGUCCUUUCAUGUAUUGUUCCAGGUGAGCAAUAGGAAAUCGCCUUUUGUCAGUUACUAUAUUAGCAGGUUCUGCCGGACAGACUUGAGGAUCUGAUGCCUCCAAAGAACAGUAUAACUGAGAGCGGGUGGCUUUUACAGUAGCAUUCCGAUUCUACACUGCCAUGCGGUUUCGUUUUUUUUUUAUGAGUGCGUCCUCUCAUGCAAUAACCUCUUAGAUCUUUCUAAAUCAAAAUAUUAGCUAUUUCUGAUGGAAAUCAUCGACCUCCCAUCCCUCUACUUAAAAGUGUUCAAACAUGAAGAAAUAUAUACUUACCAGUGGUUGUUUGAAACAUUUAUCGGUAUAGGAAAUCUAAAUAUGUUCUUUAUUGGGACCAAUGCUUUUUAAAACUAUUUUUGUAACAUUUUUUUGCUUGUGUUUUAUAAAGUAAUUCAAUUUCGAUGAGUUUUAUAUAUAAGUGCCAUUGAUUUCAUAGAAGUUUUAAAGCUACUGUAAAUGUCACCCCCGCCUGUAAAAAAUAACUUGGUUAGUAAUAAAUAGUGAGUCCUGUGAUGGCUUAUCUGAAGAAAGGAAACGAAAGUUUUAAAAGUAACUUAGCCUUGAAUUUUUUUUUCUUUUUUCAACCCCCCACCACGAAAAAAUUUAAUAUUUUUUAUUCUGAUAUCAGAGCUCCUAUGUAUGUUUUAUGUUGCAUGCAAAAUGCUGAUUUCUACCUCACAAAUAUAUUUUCUUUUAUAUAAAAAUACAUUUGAGUUACAAUGUGGACAUUUCCAUCAGCUUUUGAUAAGUACACAUUUGCAAACUGACACGCUCCAAUUGCUCAAUAGUAUGUUAUCUGUAUGUACAUGUUUUUUAAAAAUGUAAUUUGCAAUUUCAUAGAAGUUUUUUUAUAGCAUAGAAUGCUAUAUCCGAACAGUAAAAUUGUGCGGUAUUUUUUUUAUUUAGCAACUUUUUUCCCCCCUAUCUAACUAUGAACAAAGGAAUUAUUAUCCAAAUGAUUUCCUUCUCAGGCAAGCUUGCAUAAUAUUGCAAGGUCUUUAAUGGACUAUGCUUGAUUUUAGUCAAAAUUCGAUAACCAUAUUCUCCCAGUCUCAUGAAAUUGGCAUAAAUUGUAGGUUUGUACAUUAGUGUUUAUGCAAUUAUCAAUUUCAGUUUAAAACGGGUAAUAUGAAAGCUACAUUGAGAGAAAUAUUUGUUAUUUGUGUUUUGUUUAUAGUAGAGAUUGAAAAAAUCAUAAUUUAUUGUUUUGUGUUUGUAUCAAAAGUAUUUAAAUGUAUUUAUGUUGUUAUUUAAUGUUGAUUUCCUAUAAUGAAACCUAAAUUUUCUUUCAAAUUUUAUAAUUUAUUAAAUUGCCAAUGUUUUUUGAACUUAAAAUUUUGGGAAAUCAAUUAGUUUUCAGAAGUGAAGUGCUUUUUAAGGCAUACAUGUACUUGAUUAUGGCAUGAAAUUAUUUUACAAAAAUGCUUCAGCCGUUCUUUAGCAGUAAACUGUUCGUUAGAACUGAACUCUGACCCAGACUAUUUUGAUAUUGAACAAUGUAUGGGUAUGAUUCCCCAGAAUCGCAAAAAAGGAAAGAAAGUAAAAGCUAUUAGCAUAGUCAGAUAAAAAUAUAAAGUAUCUGCAAACUAA